AUGUCUCAACCAUCCUCUCCACCGCAUUCCCAUCCCCGGUCCCAACCUCACCCUCAAAGCUCCAGCUCCUCGAUCCCAGGCUAUCGACCGGGACCCUACCUCACGCGGUCCAAGAAAUUCUUUUUAGCUGCCAUCGUCUUCAUCCCCGUGGUCUCUUACAUGUGGCUGCGCCGCCUGGAGCGCCAGUCGCGCGAACGCACACGACUCCUCGAGGAAGAGGGCCGGAGGAACUGGAUCCAGGCCGAGAAGGAGAAGCAGAGGUGGCUUGCGAGUAGGAAGGAGAGGGAUUUGAGUGUCACGGUGGGGAGGAGUGGUGGGGGAGUUUGA